GUGUUUUCUGUUGAAAGGACAAUAUGUCAAGUGUCGUUUGAAUAGAUGAAAUUAGUUUUGUGAACUUAUAUUUUCCUUGUUAUUAUCUUUUUUGGUACUUAAACUACGAUUUAGCAAGUGUUUUUUCAGGGUUUUAAGAUGCGACACUAAAUUGUCACCAAACAGAUAAUGGCGGAGUGUCCCAAGAAAAAUUUAUUACACACCUGUGGAAUCUUAUGUAUACAUUUAGUGACAGUUUUAGGAUUUAAUUUAGACACUGUUAUUCCAGUGGUUAAAGAAGGACCGGAUAAUAGUUAUUUUGGAUUUUCUGUCGCACAACAUCAGGAAUUGAAGAGAAUACCAGGAACGCAAAAUUUCGAUAAAAGUACUGUUAUUGGAAAUUACAUUGUAGUUGGUGCUCCAAAUUUAGAUCUUCAAUUUUCCAACGAGAAUUAUACAGGCGGUGUAUAUAAAUGUAACGCACUUUCACCGAAGAGAAACGACUGUGAACUCCUGCUCAAAAAUGAAUACAGUCCAUCAUCUACAGUAGAUAACGGAAGGAACAAUCAAUGGCUUGGUGUGGUUGUAAGAAGUGGUGGCCCUGGAAAAGGAGUUGUGGCUUGUGCCCACCGGUACAAGGAGCUGAAGCAGACACGGAACAGUGUGAAAAUCUAUGGUAUUGGAUCAUGUUACCUAAUGACCCAGGAUUUACAGUUUAAUCUAAAUUUAGCCCAGGGGAGGCUUCUAAAACCAUGUCAGCUUUUUCCUAAAGGUCAAGAACAUGAAGAAUAUGCCUUCUGUCAGUCUGGAAUUAGUGCCUUUAUCACCGAGGAAGAAAGACUAAUAGUGGGAUCUCCUGGUGCGAUAAACUGGCGUGGAAUGUUGACGGAAGUUGAUGUUUCUCCGCAGUUUGGUAUCAAGAAAGUGUACCAUUCUCCAACAUUAGACAGUGACGUCAUUAAACCUCCUGUGCCUCUUUUUUCAUAUCUUGGCUUUGCUGUGACGGGCGGAAAGUUUGACAACACCGGAAGGACUUACUACGUGGCCGGUGCACCGAGGAGUCAAAACACGGGUCAGGUUAUCUUGUUCACAGAAAUGCGGAGCGGAAAUAUUCUGAGAUAUGAAGACUCAAAGAUACUGUCGGGAGAUUUACCUUUCUCCGGAUAUGGGCAAGACCUGAUAGCCUUAGAUAUAAACAAUGAUGGAUAUGAUGAUUUGGUAGUAGGAUGUCCAUUUUACUACGAGAAAGAAAAGGACAGAAUGGGCGGAGCCGUGUAUGUUUACAUAGGAAAUGGAGACAUGAUUACCAGUUUAACUAAGAAGCAGGUUAUUAAAGGGCGCAGUAUGAGUCAGGAAGAGUGUGAUUCCUUGCUGUGUUUACAUGCUAGAUUUGGAUUCAGUUUAGCAACUGCUGGUGAUCUAAAUAGAGACAAUUUUGGAGAUUUUGCUGUGGGUGCUCCAUAUGAAGGGCAAGGUGCUGUAUAUAUAUUCCAUGGAUCUGCUGAUGGGGUCAAGGAAGCUUAUUCUCAGAGAAUCUAUGCUGGUGAUUUGUCAGACACUACAGGAUGGAAUACAUUUGGUUAUUCUCUGUCUGGAGGCAUGGAUCUUGACAAUAAUGACUACCCUGAUCUCCUUGUAGGCAGCUACAUACAAAAUAAGGUGGCUUUAUUGAGAACAAGACCUAUAAUCAUUCUCCACUCGAAAGUUAAUGUGAGCCCAAACAAGCUUAACAUGAGCACCGAUGAGCAGAAAACAUGUGAACAUGACGGCAAAAUGGUGUAUUGCGUAGAGGUGAAACUGUGUCUCCGUUAUACGGCUGAACCUGUGGAGAAAUUCGAAGCUUCGGAUGAUAUUUUAUACACCAUCAUAGCUGAACCAGGCAAACUCAGUCCACGAGUCGAGUUUAUGAAAGACGGCAAUAAGACGCAGGAAGUAAAAGACACGUUUAUGCUCUUGCCACAAAGAAUUACGGGCCUGUCAGCAGACGAUCCUGACGCUAUGUUUGCUUGUAUUUCUCAUACAGCUUAUCUCAAGACUCCAAUAAUUGAUGUUUUGUCGGCCAUCGAAUUUGGCAUAAACUUUGCACUACCAGAGAAAGAUCCCCCAGUGGCAUCAUCUGCAGAUGUUCUCCCAGAUAUCAAUGAAUUUCCAAUACUUGAUGCAGGAAUAAAUUCUGUCGAAAAUCAAACGGUUAUGACCAAGGUGGAGUUUCUAAAAAAUUGUGGUGUUGACCAAAUUUGCAACAGUAAUUUACAAAUGAAAGUGUCACCAAAACUGAGGAAAGAUGAAGAUGGCAACCUAGUUUUGGAGAUUUGGAGAUCCGAUAGUGUCCGGGUACAAGUGUAUAUAGAAAACAUUGGGGAGAUUGCGUACCAGACCGAGUUUUACCUGUCUAAACCAAAGAGUCUUACCUGGCAGCAGUCCGAGCCCAAAGACAUAGGCUGUGAUGUUUACAAUGACACUUUAAUCAAGUGUCAGAGUAUUGGAAGCAAGGACAGUGGGAAUCCAUUAAAAGCAGGGGCAGUAACUGUGUUCGCAUUACUUUUCCAAGUUGACAGGAAAGCUAUAGCAACUGUAAGGUCCAUUCAGCUGACCGCAUGGGUCGAUACAACAAGUAUAGAAGUAACACCAGCUGCUGACAAAGUUGUAAUACCUAUUGUAGUUUAUGUAAAUGCUGAUUUACAAGUGUUUGGAAUUGCAGAACCUGACAGUGCCAUCUUCUCGUGUAAUGUUCGCGAAGACAGUGCUAUUAAAAACGAGGUUAUAAUUGGAAAAUCAGUGAAACAUACUUAUACAAUUUACAACAAUGGUCCAGACAGUGUAGAAUCAUCUGAGAUCACGAUUUUAUGGCCAUACGAGACAGCUAGUAAAUAUCCUCAUGGUAAACAUCUCCUGUAUCUAAUGAAGCCACCACAGGUUCUUAAUGGAGGUGAUGCCACGUGUUAUGAUCGACCCGAUAUUGUCAAUGUUAAAGGUGUAGCGGUUGAAAGUAGUGGGCCAGAAGAUACAGUAAAUAAUGGUCAGCGUAGAAAACGACAGGCAGAUACGUCAGAUGAAAGACCUAUGGAGAUACGGGAGAAUGAACCAAAGGUCGGAGAAGUUAACGUUGUUCUUUUUGAAUGUGCCAAGGACCGGGCAAAAUGUUACAAGAUCAGAUGUAAGAUUGGUAUACUGAAUUCAGGUCAAUCAGUGAAAAUACAAAUCAGAGCCAGACUCUGGGAAAACACAUUAAUAGAAGAUUAUUCUGAUGUAGACGAAGUACAUAUUAAAUCAACUGGUACUAUUCAUAUACGUCAAGAGAUGAAUGUGGUACAAAGUAACAUACAAAAUGAUGAAUAUCAGGCAACAACUAUAGUUAUUCCAAGCUUAAUUACAUGUAUUGUUAAAGAGAAGCCACUGGCAUGGUGGAUAUAUGCUCUUUCUGUGCUUGGGGGUCUUUUUGGAGGUCUUUUUGUCCUUAUUUUACUUACCUUAUGUUUGUGGAAGUGUGGAUUUUUUAAGAGGAAAAGAUAUAAUGAAGUGUCUUCUUACAAGACUAAGAAGGAUGAUAUAGAUAACCCCUUAUGUAAGACUAAGGUAGAGACUCAGAAGGAGGAUAUAGAUAAUCCCUUUCAUAACACUCAGGUAGAGACAAAGAAGGAGGAUAUAGAUAAUCCCUUAUAUAAGACUAUAGUAGAGACUAAGGAGGAUAUAGAUAAUCCCUUGUAUAAGACUAUAGUAGAGACUAAGGAGGAUAUAGAUAAUCCAUUAUAUAAGACUAUGGUGGAGACUAAGAAGGAGGAUAUAGAUAAUUCCUUACAUAACACUAAAGUAGAGAUUAAGAAGGAGGAUAUAGAUAAUCCCUUAUAUAAGACUAUGGUAGAGACUAAGGAGUAUAUAGAUAAUCCCUUGUAUAAGACUAUGGUAGAGACUAAGAAGGAGGAUAUAGAUAAUUCCUUACAUAACACUCAAGUAGAGCCUGAGAAGGAGGAUAUAGAAAAUCCCUACAUGACACUACCGUAG